AUUUUCAUUUUUCAUGUAGAAAAACAACUUUCAGGGGAAAACGAAACUUUCCAGGAACAAUUGUCUAGUUUUCUCUGAAUUUAUGAAAAGAAUCUCCAAUUUUGAUUAGAGAGACAAUUUACUAAUAGUAAUUCCAGUGGCAAAUUUGUUCACUGAAAAUUGAGAAUAGGAUUAAUCAGAUUAUACAAUUAUGAUUUAUUGGUGAUGAUUGUCUUGAUUAACCUUGGAACAUGUAAAUAUAACACUAAGGAUAUAUGGUUUUAAUUAACUAAUUUUUGCUUAAAUAGUGAACAAGAGACAACAUCUAAUCCAAUCAAAUGUUUCCCAUUUUCUCAUUAGGUCCUGAGUUUGUUAAUUAGCUCUUUUGAUUGUUCCAUUUAUCUUGAUGAUGGUGAUUUAUCAUCUUUUUCUUUUCCCUUAAACAAACUCAAUUGUAAUCAAAUGUUUGUGUCUAUUUGUUUUCUAAAUUGUUGAUAAAACUUGCGAGAUAUUGAUUGUCACAAUCAACUCUCACUGUUGCUCAUUUUUUGCUUCUCUCUUUUGUUUUUGUUUUCCAACGUUUUUCUCAUUCAACAAAACCUUUUUCUCUGUUUAAAUUGCUGCUUUUCGUUUAAUUGUUAAUUACCUGUGAGUUUUCAUCAGCGUUUCUUACUCUGCAUCUGAAUACCUGGUCAAAUUGUUCUGGAGAUGAAGCAACAAAUCAUCAGUGACUCUCUAGUUAAUUAAGUAGUUUUCUUUUUCCUUUGCUCCUUUUUAAUAGCAAAUAUUCAAUCAAUCAACUCAAGGAUUUAAUUGCCAUCACCCAUUGGGCUCUUACGUUGUUUUGUUCAGAAUAUUGUUCCAAUUGUGAUCUUGAAACUCUUACGAUUGUUUUGAUAUAAUGUCUUCCAGUGAUUCCAAGAUGGAAUCAACCUUUUUAAAAGUUAAUCGACGAGGUAAAUUAAUGAAUCGUCGGAUAAUCAUCGAUGUACCAAAUAAACAGAUUGAAUAUCAACGAUAUCGUAAGAAAUUCACUCUGCAUAGAAAAUCUUAUUAUUCAAUUCAAGACAUAACUGAUCUAAGGGAAGGUUGGAUGACCACAAAGUUCAAGAAAAUCGAGGAAAAAGUUCGUCACCUUUGGAUGAAAGGUAAACAAGAAGGUACCAAAAAUUGGGUUCGUGAAGAGUGUUCAUUUUCAAUCGUCUUUGGUACCGAUAAAACAAUUGACUUGAUUGCCGCUGAUUCCAUCGAAAGGGAGCACUGGCUGAAUAAGUUGAGAUAUAUCAUGUUCGAGGCGAAAACAGCGAAGAAAACUCGAGAUCGUCGAGCUUUUAUUGAAAGGUGCUUCAAAGAGGCAGAUCGAGAUGGAGAUCGAUUCAUCAACUUCAUCGAAGCAAUGAGCAUCCUGAAUAGACUCAACAUCUCAAUUAACCACGAUUUAGCCAAGGAAUUAUUUCAGAAAUCGAUUGUGGUGAUGAAAAAAGUUAAAGGAGAAGAGGCUCUCGAUAUGGAUGAAUUUUUCACCUUUUUCGAUAAUCUUGAACAUCGAUGGGAAGUCGAGGAGUUAUUCCGCCAAUACGCUAAGCCAGGAGGGACCAUCAUGGGUCCUGAUGAGCUACAAAAAUUCCUGCAAGCGGAACAAUCAACUGAUUUACCUUUGGAAACAUGUCAACGGUACAUUGAGAAGUUCCAAACUUCAUGGUACGCAUCAUUAUCCACCAACCUAUUGGAAGCAUCUCAGCGAUUACCAGCAUCCACUCAGAUCCUUGAGUUGUACAUGAAUUCAAAAGGAUUUGAAGCUAUGCUUUUAUCACCAGAAUUUGAUUUGUUCAAUCAUGACCAUUACAAAAUUAACCAAGAAAUGAACCGUCCAUUGAAUCAUUAUUAUAUUCAAUCUUCACAUAAUACGUACCUUUUGGCUGGACAAUUGGUAGGGGACAGUAGUAUCGAAGGCUAUAUUGAUGCUAUGAGAAGAGGAUAUCGUUGUGUUGAGCUUGAUAUUUGGGACGGCGAUGAAGAUGAUGGACCAAUUGUUUACCAUGGAUACACAAUGGUUUCUAAACUAUUACUUAAAGAUGUGCUCGAGGCCAUUGGAGCUUAUGCUUUCGAUACGACCUCUUAUCCUCUGAUACUUUCACUAGAAGUUAAUUGUUCUGAUGAACAACAGAAAUCGAUAGCUGCCUUGUUAGUGGCAAUUUUAGGAGAUAAAUUGUACAAGCGACAAAUUAUGCCGACGGAACGUCAAUUACCAAGUCCUGAGAUGUUACAGAACAAAAUAUUGAUCAAAGCGAAAGGUCGCAAGCAUCAUGAGGACGAGGAUUCGUCAUCUUCCUCUUCAUCAUCAGACUGCGAUGAAGAACUUAAUGAAACUCGUAGGUACAUUACCAAUCGUCGAUAUUCAAUACAAGCAAAUACAAACACCUCAUUGUUACUUAAGGGCAAAGUGAAAACGAAGUUGAUUAACAAUUUAGCUGAUUUAGCAAUCUACAGCUCAGCUCGGAAGUUCCGUAGCCUUGAGGAUACAUUAUCAUGGAAAUUCAAUGAAAUGUUUUCGCUCAAUGAAAAGAAAUCAGCUGAUUUGGCCAAUUUCUAUGCUGAUGAAUACACUUCGUGCACCGCUCGACGUCUUGUUAGAAUUUAUCCAAAGGGAUCACGAAUCAAUUCAUCUAAUUAUGACCCAACAAUUCACUGGAGUGUUGGUUGUCAAAUGGUUGCUUUAAAUGCUCAGACGUUGGGUAAACAUUUAUUGAUCAACGAGGCUCGUUUUGCGUCCAAUGGCCGUUGCGGUUACACUCUCAAGCCAGAUCAUCUGAUGCGAGUGUCAACAGGUAAAGAGGUGAAACCUUUACAGUUAGAAUUGACCAUUCUCAGUGGUCAGCAACUACGGAAACCGGAUUCUAGUCCAGAAGACGACAUAGUUGACCCUUACGUCAAAAUAUCAGUCAUUGGACAUAAAGAAGAUCGACAAAAAAUGACCUCAAAAGUGAUAAGAAACAAUGGUUUUAAUCCCAUUUGGUCAGAGACUUUUGUGUUUACCUUGAAAUAUCCCGAAUUGGCUUUUCUUUAUUUCAAGGUGAAAGAUGAACGAUUAUCUGGUAAAGAUGCUAAAUUAGCAGGGAAUGUAAUCGCUGCAACAUCGAUGAAAUCAGGUUAUCGACACUUCCAAUUGCUGGACAAUCGAGGUAAAAAGAUUGAUGGAUGCACACUCUUCCUGAAAGUCGUCAUGAGAUAAACGCUGCGAUGAAUUACCUUUGAAAUCGGUGUUACAGUCAACCCGAAUUUCUGAAUCGUGUUUUAUGUUAUUUUCACUCUUGUGAACUCAUCAUUCAUAUAAUUUCAAUUUCAAAUGAAUCAAUUGAUCUCAGACCAAUUAUAAUCAACGAAAACAAAAAAAAACAUAACAUAUCAUAAACUAGACUGAAGAUCAUCAGAAAGUAUUACAUUAAUAUAUUUACAUUAAAAUUUGAAUUAUGUUUUGA